AUGCCGAAACCAGCAGUCCUCCACAUCGGAGAGCCCAUCAAAUAUAACCACGAGUUCUACGAGAAUGAAUUCCUCUCAAGAUUCAAUGUGGUGCAAGACGAGGAGCCAGACCGAGCUUCCUUCAUGGAAGCAUUGAAGUCUAAGAAAUAUGGAGACUUCUCAGCCAUCUACCGACCACAUUUCCAGACCGGGGGAGAGAUAGGACAAUGGGACGACGAACUCAUCCCAAUUUUCCCAGCGUCUGUACGAAUAUUUGCAAGUGCCGGAGCUAGAUUCAACUGGGCUAAUGUAGAUGCCCUAGCUGGCCUAGCUACCCGGAAGAUCUGGUAUUCCAAUGGCGCUGGAGCCUCAGAUGAGGCCGUGUCGGAUACCGCACUCUAUCCGACCCAGAGAUAUUCACUGCAACACAUACGCUUAUCGCUACGAUCUCGCGAAAUCCCCGGGGGACACAUACUGGGGAUAAUUGGGCUGGGGAACAUCAGCAAGAAGCUGGCAUACAAGGCGAAGACAGCUUUAGGGAUGGACAUACAUUAUUACGAUGCUGUGCGGGCAAGUGAAGAGGAGGAGAAGACUCUUGGAGCAACGUUCCAUGCGUCUUUGGAUGACUUGCUGAAGAUUGCCGACUGCAUAUCGCUUCACCGUCCGUUAAACAAGCAUACACAAAAUCUCAUCGACGCGAAGGCGAUAGCAUUGAUGAAACCGGGUUCCCGGAUAGUCAAUACCGCUCGAGGACUUGUCGUCAACGAAAAUGCGCUAGUGGCAGCUUUGGUAUGCGGUCACAUAAGCGCUGUAGCGCUCGAUGUUCAUUACCACGAGCCUCAAGUAUCGAAGAAGCUGGCUGCGAUGGAGCAAUGUACUUUGACUACACAUAUUGCAGGCGGGGCGUUGGAUACGCGAAUCAACUUUGAAGUAGCGGCUAUGAAAAACAUCAUUGCUGUUCUCGGCCCGGAUGACGAAUGUAUAGGGACGCCUUUAACGCCAGUAAACGCGAAGGCGUACAAUGCGGCAGCGUAA